GCGGAGGACGAUAAUGAUCGUGCGCUGUCAUUUUCCUGUAAGCAAACAACGUUCAAUCUGAUGUCUUUUGAAGUAAAUCUUGUGAUAAGCUGCAAAACAAGUGAAAGAAUUCUUCUCGAAAGACCUCACGGAUAUGAUCAAUGGCGCUGUCCUGUCGUUGAUAUUUGUAGGAGAGAAGGGUUUGUAGAUGCUGUUUCUCGAUGGUGCAAAGCGAACGUCGUACUUGGCAAGGAGUCCUUUCUGGUGAAAAAUGAAGGAAUUCUUUCAAUUAAAAAUGAAGACAGAAAUCCAGAAACCAGGAAUAUCACAUUUACAUUUCAUGUUAACUGUCAAUCAUUAAGUGGCAAUGAAUGCCAUGGUCAACCUAACAGUGAACAACAGGACGGUAUUCAAACAAAAGAAAGAUAUGGAGUUGUGAUUGCAAGUKGCAAUGAAUCUCUUAUGUGCCCUGAUGUGCAAUCAAAUGAACUAAAUGCUUUCAAAUGGUUCAAGCUCAAUGAAUUGGUUGAAAGUGAAGCUGAGGAUGUUGGCAAUAUAACAACUGAAGCCAUGCAGUGGUCAUACAAAAUCUUAAAGAAAGAAUGUUCUGGAAUACCCUUAAGCUUUCUUGAUGAGUCACCAUCUUCAACUUCUUCAUCAAGCGAUCCUCAAAAAAAUGACACAAGCAUUUAUAAGGAGACAAUUUCAACAACAGACAAACUAGAUCAAUUGGACAAAAGAGAUUUAAAUUCUGAUUGUGAAGUCAGUAAUAUCAUGAAAGAACUAGAAGUUGACUUGAAGAAGGAGACAAAGAUGGACAAAGAUGACAAGGAUGACAAUUGUAAUGAAAAUGAURACAGUGAAGGUGCUAAUGCAAGUGGAGUUGAUAAAAUUCAUGCAUCUGCCAGUAAGCCUGGUAACACCAACAUAGAUCAUGGAUCAUAUGAAAAACUUAUUACACCAGCUCUGUUUGGAAAACUUGAGCAACACUUCAUAAAAAAGACAUUUGAAAACAAUUCAAACAAGGGCAUUGAUUGCUUAAACAAGAAACAACUCAGCGACAUUUUAGAUGAGAUGAAAGUAGAUGUUAAAGAUGAGAUUGAUGACUAUUUCAGAACAUUUGACAUUGCUAAUAGAGGAACUUUAGAUUACAAAGAAUUUCUUUAUGGAAUAGCAGCAAUGGAUCCAAGCACUCCCCAUGGAGGUAUAACUGGGGAGCUGAGAUGCCGCUACAUUUUUAGAUUUUACAACAAAUGCAAUUCUGGCUUUCUAGAACCUGAUGAAUUCAAAGACAUGAUUAAAGAUAUUUUUGCUGCUAAAGGAGAGAAACUGGAUACUAAAGAAUUAGCUGAAGCUACAUCCAAAGUAGCCRGGGUUUUUGGGCCAAAGAGAAAGAAGUCAUUACCCUUAGUAGACUUUUUAGAAGCUGUUGGUUCCCUCAAGUUCCGUGGUACAUCGGUUCUUUUUCGCCUUCCUGUUUCUCUGUCCAAGUUAGCUAGAGAUGACUUGUUGGAAAAUUUAAGUGAAGGAGAUAAAUCACCCACUUCAAGCCCAGCACAGAAGAAGCGCAAAAGUGUUAGCAYGGAGUUCGAGGAGACAAUGGAUGUUACAGACGAUGAUUGUUCAACGUUGAAAUUGGUUUCYGAGAAGACGUACGAGUUAGCCACGCAUUCCGUGAAGGUCAAGCGAAGCGGCAUGUUGUCUGACGUCAGUGCAUUAUGGGAUAUGCAUGAUCGUGAUGCAGUKGCUGGUUGUGCUGAUCUUACAAGCACUCGUUGUAAAAUAGAACGUCUACCGUCAAUCAAUACUUUUAACAAACAAUCAGAUGCCAAUCAAAUGCUAGCUGCCUUAAGAUACUUUGAACGAGCCAUGAAACCAAAUACCUCAAGCCCGUUGCUAAGAAACGGCAAGUCUGCCUUCAGUUGGGGUGCGGUGGAUAUGACAGCCUUGGCGAGCUCUUUAGUUUCUAUUUGCCAUAACGUAAAACAGGUUUUGAUGAACGAACCAAGACUAAUAAAGAUACAGUCCCCUGUUUAUGUUCUAGGUGAUCUCCAUGGAAACUUUCACGACUUAGUAUGCUUCGAGAAACUUCUGUGGAGAAUGGGCCCUAUUCUUACUCCGGCCAAUUUUCUCUUUCUUGGCGAUUAUGUUGAUCGAGGGGAGUUUGGGGUCGAGGUUGUUGCAUACCUAUUCUCKCAAAAACUACUAGCUCCAUCGAAGUUUUACUUGAUUCGAGGAAAUCACGAAUGCCGUGCUAUUCAAAAGGUGUUCACUUUUAAAAAUGAAUGUAAGCAAAAGUUCGGUGAAGAAGUGGGUCAUACUGUAUGGAAAGCUGUCAAUGCUGUGUUUGAUGUCCUACCUAUUGCCGCCACUAUUGAUGAUAAGAUUUUCUGUGUUCAUGGAGGUAUUCCGCUGCCUAGUCAUGAUGGCGGGCUCCUUGAAGCCAUUAAUCGCAUUCCAGUUCAUUUGAGCGAACCAGAAAACCAAGACGGGUUGGCAUGGGAGCUGAUGUGGGGUGACCCUUUGAGAGAGGAAGACACUGUGACAGCAGACAUGGAACGACAGUUGAUCGAAAAUCACGGAUUUGUUAAAAACCCCAGACGAGGAACAGCGCAUUUGUUUAGUUACCAAGCACUCGACGCCUUUUUGAAAAGGAACGAUUUAACGCACGUGAUAAGGGCUCACGAAGUUCAGCAGUCAGGAUUUCAAGUGCAGCAAAACGGUAAACUUUUGACUGUAUUUUCGUCUUCACAUUACUGCGGUGGAGCCAAUGAAGCAGCUUGUAUUCUUGCACACCAACAUCGACUGCGCACAAUCCGAUUAGACACCAGCUAACAAGCAAGCUACGCCGUCCAAGUCUUCUGUAGGUAGAUGAAAUAUUUGUAUCAUAUGUUAAAGUUACUUGCGCAACUAACCUCUGAUCUAAUGCAUUCAUACAAUAACCAUAAAAAGCGUUCCACGUGAACACCAUGAAAUUUGUGAUGCAUGUAAACACCGUUCGUUUGUGUUCAACUUAAAAAAAUACCCAAAUUCCGUAGAAGAAUUUGCAUAGGCCUUUUGUAUGAAGAAACGAUCACAUAUGGUACUAAAUCUGUCAUACUGGAUGCCAAAAGAAUGUAAAMAACCUCGAAAACUAAGGGAACUCCGAGUCCGUCAAGCUUGACUUUCCUUUGUUUUGAACAUCCCAAUGGGUAUUGUUCCAUCCAAUAUGGUGGAUUUAGUACCAUGUGACCGUUUCAUGCAAAAGGUCUAAUGAGGGCGAAGAUUCUCCUUACACACGUGGUUUGAUUAAAGUUAUUGUUUUAUCACUUUUGGUAAAUUUUAUUGCGGAAGUAAAACGAUCAGCUGACAUUAAGUAAUUUGAGGGACUUGUGCUUAUAAUUUGUAAGUCCACUAAAAGUAGCAUACAAAACUAAUUGAUAAAAUGUUAUCAUUUAGAGGUUUGGAUAAGAAAGUCUAUUUCUCUGAGCAUUAUUAUUUGCUUCUAUUAUAUAAACGAUGGGUUUUACAACGAUAGUCUUUUUGUCCUGUUCAAAAUUGUCAAUGGCUCCCGUCGUAAUAUCAUCGCUAUCGAAAUUACUAUAUGGCUAUUUCAAUAAAAGUUUUGAAAUCGGAACGCACUAUUGGCAAUAUUUCUUGUUUACUGGACAUUACGGCUAUCUACGAUUUUACCACGUGCUUCUGGGAUAGACAAGUCUUAAUUGGAUUUUGUUUGUUGUCUAUAAAUAUCGCAUAACAACAUGUGAUGGAGUUUAGUGUAGUUGUAAGAUGGACAACUCUUUUUUAUUAACAUCUUUAGGAGUUAUCUAUCAUUGCAGGCUCUCCGCUUGUCUCGUUUUAGUGUAAAGGCGCGGUUAACCUCCUAAAUCGAUCCCAUGUCUGUGUUUUGAAAUUUUUUGAUGUUAAAAUCGAGAAUAAUUAAAUGAAACGUUUGUAUUUCACACUAGUAAAAAAAAUAGUUAAAAUUUUAAAGUUCGUUUUUUUUUUAUAAAUUUGAAUUAUUGGCUUUGAAUAUAGUGCUGGAAAAACUUAGCAAAGUUGUAUUUAAGAUGUUUCAUUGGUUCCGGUUAAAGAUAGAUUUAAUAAAGCUAUUGUGGUUGAUAACUUA